AUGAUCCCAUCGCAGUCGGUGCGAGGGUCGCGCCGGUUUACUGGAUACCCGGCAGCCAACAUGUUGCAGUGGGCGGUGCUGGUAGCCACGAUAGUUUUUAUCCUGGGGUCUUUGACACAUUGCGCCAGUUUGUUUGGUCGAGGUGCAUUCGGCACACUUGUGUGGACCGAGGGCACGGCGGGUACCGAGGCCGUCGCCGCCGCCAGCCUGCAGCAGAUGGCCAGCGCGGCUGCUCCGGUAGCGCAGUCCCCGUCGGCGACCCCAGCAGCCGCGUCGCCGCCGCAGGCGCCGAGUGCGGCGACAGCCUCUCAAGGUGCAGCCCCGUCUCCCCAGGCGGCGGCUGCCGCUCUGCAGGCAGCAGCCGUGGCUCCCCAGACGGGAGCUGCGGCUCCGCAGGCGGGAGUUGCGAGUCCCCAAACGGGAGCUGCGGCUCCGCAGACUCAGACAGCCGCUGCUGCAGCAGCAGCUCCAGCUGCGCAGGCUGCCGCACCUUCACAGGCUACCACCAAUCAAUCAGCUCCGAAGGCAGCACAGGCUGCGUCUCCAAGCGAGACUGCCGCCACUGAAGCUGCCACGACCAGUGCGGAUUCCGAGCUGACAGGAGGCCCCGAGGAUAUGAAACCAUUGCCAGACAAGGCGUACGCAAUGCUGGAGUUCAACAUGAUAUCCAGUCGCCUCCUAUUCGACUGCACGAAGCCUCAAGAGUCCGUUAACGUAGAGCACUGCAAAACGGUCAAGAAGCUAUUCGAGAACCAUCCCGUGUACCUUGACAACACUAAGCGACUCAUUGGUUCCACUUUGUUUGACAGCGCCGCAACAGUCGCUGGCUUAUCUGUUGGGUAUCAGCGGUGGCUUUCCAACCGGCUACCGAAUAUAGUGGAAAAGGUGCUGAGCGACAAGGCGCCAACCAAAAAUGUGGUAGUCACUAAAACACCGAGUCCCACGGUAUGGAUAAUGGCGGUGGCUUGUGCCCUUUGGACCUUGGGCGCCAUACUAGUCGCCGCCGAGUGGAUCAUCAGCCGUGAAACCACUCCCCGUGUUGCUGGUCCAACCAAUGAAGAAUUCAAUGAUAUUGAAGCGGAUGAAGAAAUCUCGCUCCUCCUGCCGCCACCAACUUCGUCCUAG